GCCACGACCGCCGCUCAGGCAGUCAAAUAGUCACCGUCGGGUCGGCUGUGUGUAUUGAAAACUCGUGAAGGCGGCAGUCUGGCAGUCUGCGCCAAAUUGCGCGUUCGCGCGCCCCAGUUCGGCGUUACGCCGCUCCCGCCCUCGGUCACAAAACAAAAACCCUCGUGUGAAGUGUCAGUGCCCGCCUUUCGAUGCUCUUCUCUCCGAUCGCCGUCGAGGCGAUGAAGUGUAAAGAGGAAAACUGUGAGGUCGGCGUGAUCCUGGAACACAACUCUCUGAUUGUGCUGUCAGUCAACAAAACUAUUGUCUGCCUCUGCGGAAGGGAUAGGAACAAUCCCUUCGAGCGCGGCAAGCUGCGCAAGCGCGAGGAGCAUUCAGCUUCGGUGCAUCCAGCUGAAGUGAUUCAGGCCACCCCAGCUCCUCCGUCAGAGCCUGUCACCUUCCGCCAGCAACCGCUGUGGCAGUUCCCACCGCCGCUGCCUCCGCCUUACGUCUAUCCUCAUGAUCAGGACAACUUAAUGCAGCCCAUCGGGAAUGAACGAGCGAGUUUCCGUAGUCUCCGUAAGAACAUCGGCGGUCGUUGGAAAAGACUCGUGAAAAAGAAGCCCGAACAAGAAGUGUACACAAUCCCGCCCGAGCUCAAGCCGCAGCUCAAGCAGAUAUAUGUGUAUUAACAAAUGAAGCAACAAUUAGUACUACAUCACUGAAGCAGGCUUCAACUGCUCUGUUCUAUUAGAUGAUUUCACAGAUCAUGGUUGUAAUACGUAACAAUUCAUAUCGUAACUCGAAUAUCAAAAUUUUAUAUAGAACAUGUGCACGGCUAUCCAGCCUUUUAUCUUUAAACAUAUCUUUUCGACCAAUUAAUUCUAAUGAACUAUGUAUCACUCAUCAUUCAACACCAUUGUGAUCUAAAGCCUAGGUUUGUAUUAUUAAGUAUUAGAACGCUGUUGUUUGUGCGUGCUAUUAUGUUGCUGAAUUCUGUAUGUUAAAGUGAAGUGCUCGUGAUAGUCAAUUGAAUUUAGCUUAAUUAUUAAUUUAAUGUUAUGAAUGUGAAAAACCUAUUAGGAAGAUGCGGUCGCGCAUACUAGUAACGAAAAUCCAAUAAUGAUUAAAAAUAAUGAUGCCUUGUAAAAUAGUAUUUGACUAAUUAGGGCAUUUUGUAGUCCAUUAACUUAUUAUUCUAGACAUGGUCGUAUCGUUAAGCGAAACAUCGAUCAAAUAGUUUUGUGAAGAUAAUUUACUUGUGGAUGUACUUUGUGUCUGUUAUAAGAAUCAAUAUUUUAAACAUCUUGUGGUUUCAUGCAGUAUUUUUAUAUCAUUCAUUUGUGUUGUGAGUGAGACUGAUCUAUGGUACAAUUUUAAGAGUAAUGACACGUAAAAAAUAUUUUCUGACAAUAUUGAAUUAAUAUCAACACAAAUUCACUGAAAAAUGUAUAAUGAAUGUCUUUUAGUUGUUUAUAUUUUCGAGAGAUAUGUUAUUUGCAUGCUUAUGGUAGUAUAAUUUUUGGAUUUUCGCCGGGUCCUUACUGUGAUAGACACAUGAAAAUAUACUGAAAUAAAUAUAUUUGAUGAAUAACUAAACGACUUUGAAUUGCCUUAAUAACUUGUCAAUUAUUAUCGUAGAAGGACGACGGUCGAGAAUUUAGAUAGCUCAUAUUGAGCCUGAUAUUUUGAGAAUUAAGAAUAGGUAAUAUGUACAAUCCAGCCAUGGUUUAACAAAACGUUAAAUUCUAACUAUUAAAAUUGACCACGAUGUAAUGGUACUUUUGACAGCGUGAGAAAUUUUAGAAGAAAAUGUAAUCUUUUGUUGAAUUAAUGAAAAAUAAAUAAAUUCCAUCAUGA